GCUCCCGCUCCCGCUCCCGCCCGGCUCGGUGCUCCCCGCCCGCGGCGCCGCUCGGGCUCGCUGUGUCCCGGCCUCGGGCGGUUCGCGGGCGCCGAGCCCUGCCUCCUCCUCCUGGGGAUGCUGCGCCUGUGAGGGGCGGGGGCUCGUUUGACCCGCGCGCCUCGGGAGCCGCGGAGCCCGCUUCGUGUUGCCAUUCGUGUUCCUGCCCUCGGGGGAGUCCGCCGGCCCUGCGAGCCGCGUGGAUCCCGUCCGGUCCGCACGUCGCCGGGCCGCCGCUCCCCGGGUCCGAGGACGAGCGCUGUAUGUAGAUGAAUCGUUCUGAAAAGGACAUGGAUGAAAAUGAAAGCAACCAAUCUCUGAUGACAAGCAGCCAAUAUCCUAAAGAAGCAGUAAGGAAACGCCAAAAUUCAGCACGGAGUUCUGUGGGAAGUGAUUCUUCUAGGCUUUCCAGGAAAAGUUUCAAACUAGAUUACAGACUAGAGGAAGAUGUGACCAAAUCAAAGAGAGGAAAGGAUGGCAGAUUUGUUAACCCGUGGCCAACUUGGAAGGAUCUCUCCAUCCCAAAUGUUCUCCGAUGGCUGAUAAUGGAAAAAAAUCACAGUGGUGUUCCAAGCUCCAAAGAGGAACUGGACAAGGAGCUCCCGGUGCUGCGGCCCUACUUCGUCGACCGCCCCGAGGCCGCGGGGGUGAGCGGGGCGGGCCUGCGGGUCACGUGGCUGGGCCACGCCACGGUCCUGGUGGAGAUGGACGGGCUGGUGCUCCUCACCGACCCGGUGUUCAGCCCGCGCGCCUCCCCGUGGCAGCGCGUGGGGCCGCGGCGCUUCCGGCGGGCGCCCUGCUCGGUGGCCGAGCUGCCCGCGGUGCACGCCGUCGUCCUCAGCCACAACCACUACGACCACCUGGACUGCGGCUCGGUGCGCGCGCUCAACGAGCGCUUCGGGCCCGAGCUCCGCUGGUUUGUGCCCCUGGGCCUCCUGGACUGGAUGCAGAAGUGCGGCUGCGAGAACGUGAUCGAGCUGGACUGGUGGGAGGAGAACUGCGUGCCCGGGCACGACAGCGUCACCUUCGUCUUUACGCCCGCCCAGCACUGGUGCAAGAGGACCCUCCUGGACGACAACAGGGUUCUGUGGGGCAGCUGGGCCGUCCUGGGGCCUUGGAGCCGCUUCUUUUUCGCCGGAGACACUGGCUACUGCUCAGCUUUCGAAGAGAUAGGAAGGAGGUUUGGCCCUUUUGACCUGGCAGCUAUUCCCAUCGGAGCGUACGAACCGAGGUGGUUUAUGAAAUACCAGCACGUGGACCCAGAAGAAGCUGUGAGGAUUCACAUUGACGUUCAAACAAAGAAAUCUGUGGCUAUUCACUGGGGGACUUUUGCUUUAGCAAAUGAGCAUUACUUAGAGCCCCCAGUGAAGCUGAGUGAGGCUCUAGGAAGAUACGGACUUAACUCAGAAGAUUUUUUUGUCUUGAAGCAUGGAGAAUCCAGAUACCUCAACGCCGAUGAGGAAAACUGAAUAAAUGUGAGCACAGGAGCUCUUAGUGACUAAGGUAUCCUCUAAGAAAGACCAAGGAAUUCCUGAAUAUGAGAAUUUUUUUUUACAUUGGGAAACAACUUCUGCAAAUUAGUGUUUUAUGUUUUGCGUGGUAACUUGCUUGCUCCUCCGACUGCCAGUUCAUACAGAGAAAGAAGAGUUCAGAGGUGGGUCAUUUCCAUAAUGAAUUGGUGACGGGGGAUUAAAAUCUUGUCUUAAUGGUA